AUGUCUAUCGGAGUCAAGAUACUGCAGAAGAUCGUCAAAAAUGAGGCCAUGGCCCAUGACCCGCCGGAGAUCUACGGCUGGCGUGUGUACCUACUGGCCUUCUCGGCCUGCUUCGGCGCCAUGUCCUUCGGCUGGGACUCGUCCGUGAUUGGCGGCGUCAUCGUGAUGACUCCCUUUAUUGACGACUACAAACUAGGAGAUCCCAAGAGUCCCGCCUCGGCCAACCUGUCCGCAAAUAUCGUCUCCACGCUUCAAGCCGGCUGUUUCGUUGGUGCCCUCGCCGCUAGCCCUAUCACUGACAAGUACGGCCGCAAGUGGUGCCUCAUCAGCCUGUCCUUCAUCGUCCUUCUCGGAGUCAUCAUGCAAGCUGCUGCGAGCGGACACCUGGCGGUCAUGUACGUCGGUCGAUUCAUUGCUGGCCUGGGUGUCGGUGCCGCCUCAGCCAUCAACCCGCUGUACGUGAGCGAGAACGCGCCGCGUGCCAUUCGGGGCCUGUUGACGGGAAUGUACCAGCUGUUCAUCGUGACGGGAGGCAUGAUCGCCUUCUGGAUCAACUACUCGGUCAACAUCCACAUGCACGGCAAGGUCAUGUACAUCUUCCCGCUCGCGAUCCAGGCGCUGCCCGCUCUGCUGCUUUGCUUCUGCAUGCUUCUCUGCAACGAGUCACCCCGCUGGCUCGCCCGGCAAGACCGCUGGGAGGAGAGCAAGCAUGUGCUGGCACGCCUGCGUAAUCUGUCCACCACGCACCCCUACAUCGAGGAGGAGUUCUCCGAGAUCGUCGACCAGCUCGAGAACGAGCGCCGGCUCAUGGGCGACGCCACGGCCGCGAACCUGCACAAGGAGAUGUGGACCGUCAAGGGCAACCGGAACCGCGCGCUCAUCAGCAUCGGCCUCAUGAUCUGCCAGCAGAUGACGGGCACCAACGCCAUCAACACGUACGCCCCCACCAUCUUCAAGAACCUGGGUAUCACGGGCACGUCGACCAGUCUUUUCAGCACCGGAAUAUACGGCAUCGUCAAGGUCUGCAGCUGUAUCUGCUUCCUCCUGUUCCUUGCCGACUCCUUCGGUCGCAGGCGGUCGCUGUUGAUGAGCUCCAUCGUCCAGGGCGUCUGCAUGUUCUACAUCGGGCUGUACGUCCGGAUCUCACCGCCAGCCGAGGGCCAAGCCGUGCCCCCUGCUGGUUACGUCGCCCUGGUCUGCAUCUUCGUCUUUGCCAUGUUCUUCCAAUUCGGCUGGGGCCCAGCAUGCUGGAUCUACGCCUCCGAGAUCCCAACUGCCCGUCUCCGAUCCAUGAACGUCUCAUACGCCGCGGCGACCCAGUGGCUCUUCAACUUCGUCGUUGCCCGGGCUGUUCCAACAAUGCUUGUGACCGUCGGCGCUCAUGGCUAUGGCACGUAUCUCAUCUUCGGCAGCUUCUGUUUCUCCAUGUUUUUCUUCGUCUGGUUCCUUGUGCCCGAGACCAAGGGUCUGUCACUGGAGGCCAUGGACGAGCUUUUCGGCGUCACCGAGGCACACAAGGCUCCUUCUCUAGAUGGUGCAGGCUCGUCUCGAGCGGAUGAGAAGCCGCAUGCCGUAGCUGAGCAGUCAGAGAUCCAAAAGGAAUGA